AUGACGCCAACGCGGUACGGCACAUCGACCGGAGAUAUUGGGCCAUUGGCCCAAUCGGUUCGAUUUCAGUCCUCUGGGCAGGUGGCUAAAAAUCGAUUCAUGAAGAGCGCUAUGGCCGAGCUCAUGGCCACAUGGAGCCCACAUAAAAUGGAAGAGAGGGGCAUCCCAACACAAGAACUCAUUGAACUUUAUCGCCGCUGGGGCGAAGGCAAGAACAACUGGGGUGUUAUUAUCACAGGAAACAUUGAUAUCGAAUUUGAUGCUCUGGAUAGUGUUGGAGAUAUGAUUAUCACUCGUCAAUGCCCUCUGCAUGGGGAGCGCUUCACAAAAUUCGAGGAGCUCGCUGCGGCGGCCAGGAGUGACGGCAGUCUCAUCCUGGGUCAGGUCUCACAUCCGGGGCGACAAGUUUGGGAUCGCAUCAACCCCUUCGCAGUCUCCGCAUCGGAUGUGCAGCUUGGACCAAAAGCUGCUUUGUCUUUUGGAAAACCACACGCCGCUACCAAGGAGGAAAUUGCUUCCAUCGUUGAGGGCUUUGCAUAUGCCGCGGAGUACCUGGAGAAGGCUGGCUUCAACGGCAUUGAGCUCCACGGUGCUCAUGGAUACCUGAUUGCUCAAUUUCUCUCCCGGACGACAAACCAGCGUACAGACGAGUAUGGUCCCCAGACGGUCGAGAAUCGCCUUAGAUUCGUCUCCGACAUUGUCAAGGCUAUACGCCGACGAGUUUCCCCGGACUUUGUCCUUGGCGUCAAGCUCAAUAGUGUUGAGUUCCAGGAUAGCGGCGUGACGCCGAAAGAGGCGCAGGAGGUCUGUGAAGAGCUGGAACGUCUCAACAUAGACUUUGUGGAACUUAGCGGUGGUACUUACGAGAAACUUGGCAUGGUAUGGGAGAGGGAGUCUUCACGAAAGCGUGAGGCCUACUUCAUUGAAUGGGCGGAAAUGAUCAUAAAGUCCCUGGACUCAGAGCACAAAAUCAAAAUCUAUGUGGUUGGUGGCAUCCGGUCUGUUGAAGUCAUGGUGCAGACAUUGAAUGUAGCCAACGGCGUGGCGUUUGCACGGCCAGCGGCAGCGGAACCUCGACUGCCGAGCACCAUCCUUCAAAGCGGAAGCACCAUAACUGGGGCCAUUCAGCCGACUGCGGAAUUUGAGAAAGACUUCUUCACUUCCAAGACUUUAGCGGAAACCCAGAUGCGCCAGAUAGCCGACGGGCAAAAGCCCAUUGACUCCAGCGACAACAUGGCCAUGGCGCACUUCCUACAGGACGUGAGAGGUUGGUCGCAGGAGAUAGCCAACCUGGCACCUACAUUGCCGACAUCUGUCCGAGCUGUCCAGUACACCGGUCCCCAGAUUCUUUACGAUCAACAUUUUUCUGCAUGA